CAGCAAGAACACUCCAUGUUUUCAACAGUUAAGCACUGGUGUGUGACAAAAUAGGUUAACACAUUUCAUUAUACUGCACGUAUUAGCAUGGGAUAUGAUGUCUUCCGUAUUAACUAUAUAUUAACCGUAUAUUAUCUAAUAACUAAGUUAUAGCAAUCACUGGCUAUAUUAUUUUUCAUAAUUUGAUUCAAAUUUUUUUUUUUACCGACUACAACUCCUGAAUUUACCCUUGAGAAGUACCACAUGAGCAAGCUGAACGAGAGAUGUGCGUGUAUUAAGUAUUCGUGCGCCAUAGUUCUGGAUACACAAUGUUAACAAUGAUUGGAGGUUGCUCUGGUAGGCGGAGUACUCAGACCCUUAACGCAGCCCACUUUAAACCGCUUCCAGUUAAAUUGUACUGUGCAACACUCAGAAAUUAGCCUAUCAUUGAGGAAAGGCAUUGCACGCGGAUCGCAUUGUUAAUUCAUUGGGUCUGUAGGAGAAGAGAGCACGAGACACCGUGAACAAGACAACGCAAGGAAGAGACGGGACUCGUGGGGAGCUAUUUGGAAUCUCCCGGGGGACGGUAUUCCGAAUUGCCACCUGUGUCAACCUAGUAGCAACCUCUUUUCCUGCCAGGCUGACUCAGAAAGAAGGUACUCAGAAAAAAAACCUGAGGGGACAAAAGGAGGCCAGUCACCCCUACCCCACACACUCACAGAGGGAUCAUUAGAUGAACCCGUCUGCAACCAUGGAAGCUGAUCCAUCCGAGAUGAACGCCAUUCCCAAUGGCAAGGGACACGAGACCGCCGAGGCGACAACCUCUCCCGCACAAGAAACUGUAUCCAGCUCUACCCAUAAUUCAACGGAAACAGCUCCUAGCGCUGCACAAACUGCCACGGAAAAUGUCCCUAAUAAUACUCAGACUGGCACGGAAACCGUUCCCAAUAGCACCGAAAACACAACGGACACUGUCCCCAAUAGCACAGAAAAUACUACGGAAAAUGUCCCUAAUAACACUCAGACAGCCACUGCCAGCAGAACUGAGGACUCUGAGGCCAAUCUGGCGGAGAGCCAUGAGUUUCUGUCCCCAGUUGAUGACAAGAAAAACCCUCGCUUCACGGAUUUUGAGGGAAAGACCUCAUUUGGAAUGUCUGUGUUCAACUUGGGAAACGCCAUCAUGGGUAGUGGAAUUCUGGGAUUGGCGUACGCCAUGGCCAACACCGGCAUCGUCUUGUUUUUGUUCCUGCUGACGGCAGUGGCUGGCCUCUCCGCCUAUUCCAUUCACUUGCUGCUCAAGUGCUCAGGCAUUGUGGGCAUCAGAGCAUAUGAACAGCUGGGUUACCGGGCUUUUGGAACGCCAGGCAAAAUGGCUGCCGGCAUCGCAAUCACCUUGCAGAAUAUAGGAGCCAUGUCCAGCUACCUGUACAUCAUCAAGUAUGAGCUUCCCCUGGUCAUCCAGGCCUUCAGCAAGGUGGAUACACCAAACGGUGAGUGGUACUUGAAUGGGAACUACCUGAUUAUCAUAGUGUCCAUCACUGUGAUCCUGCCCCUGGCCCUGAUGAAGCAGCUCGGUUAUCUGGGCUACACCAGUGGCUUCUCUCUCACCUGUAUGGUCUUCUUCCUGUGCUCUGUCAUUUAUAAGAAGUUCCAGAUCCCCUGUCCUUUUGAGGAGUUUUCCCUCAACAAGACGAUGAUCAGUCUGAUGAACGCCACUGUGAUAGCUGAACCCCGAGGCAUUGAUGCAGGGGACGAUGCAUGCAUCCCUCGUAUGUUCAACAUCAACUCACAGACAGCCUACACAGUCCCUAUCCUGGCAUUUGCUUUCGUGUGCCACCCCGAAGUCCUGCCCAUCUACACGGAGCUCAAAAACCCCACCAAGAAAAAGAUGCAGCAUGUGUCCAACAUCUCCAUUGCAGUCAUGUACACCAUGUACUUCCUGGCUGCUCUGUUUGGAUAUCUGACCUUCUAUGGUGAAGUGGAGCCUGAGCUCCUCCACACCUACAGCAGAAUCGACCCGUAUGACACUCUCAUCCUGUGUGUGCGUCUCGCCGUGCUCACAGCUGUCACGCUCACCGUACCCAUAGUGCUCUUCCCGGUGCGUCGAGCCAUCCAGCAGAUGCUCUUCCCCAACAAGACGUUCUGGUGGCCAAGGCACAUUGCCAUCGCCGCUUGUCUGCUCACCGUCAUCAACCUGCUGGUUAUCUUCGCCCCCAACAUCCUCGGCAUCUUUGGGAUCAUUGGUGCCACGUCUGCCCCCUGCCUCAUCUUCAUCUUCCCCGCUACCUUCUACAUCCGCAUCGUGCCCAAAGAAGAUGAGCCCAUGCGCUCUCCCCCUAAGAUCCUGGCUGUCUGUUUCGCCAUCCUUGGUGUCCUGUUCAUGACAAUGAGCUUGAGUUUUAUCAUCAUCGAUUGGACAACAGGGAGCAGCAAGGCCAGCAGUGGUCACUAAGCCCCACCCACCAUCACGUGUGUGUGGGGGGGGCGUGUUUUAUUUUUAUAAUUUAAUAUUUAUCUCCUGUGUAUCAUUUUGAGUCAUUACUGUAGAGGAUGCACCGUCUCUCUCUCUCUCUCUCUCUCUCUCUCUCUCUCUCUCUCUCUCUCUCUCUCUCUCCAUGGAAAGUUGAGGCAUGGCCAGUGUACAGCAGGGGCUUUCAGAGGCCUGGAUAGUUAUUGCAGUUAUUCCAAAACGUUUGUUUCUCGUGUCCUUGGCCUCCUCUCAGAGCCACGUCGUCUGUAUCCAUGUCCGUGCAGGUGCCCUGCCAAAGUAACCCUGCUCCAAAAUAAGCAAUCGCAACUUUCCAGGAACAAAAAAGGAUGGUGCAUUCUCUCCCAAAAAAAACAAAAAAACAUCUCAAACAUCUAAAUUCUCAAGCAGGCUUGCUAAAACUAGCCCCAUCUCUCAUCUCCCAUCUCCCAUCUCCCAUCUCCGUGGCAAUCCUCAGUGUUUCUAUUGCGUGUCUCUUUGAUGUGACCUCUCACCUUCAUGAAUGCGAAACCACCACAGUCGUCCAGGAAGUGUCUUUGGGAGCGCCGGAGCCUCAAGCGACGGGAGGCUGGAUGGGUUUACUUUCAAAUCAUUCUAGGUACCUGUGGUGCACCGGUCAGCUGUAAUAAGUUAUUAUUAUUGUUAUUCUCUAGCACAUUGUAAUACUCUGUGCAAUAACUGAAGGCGGGGUUUGGCAAUGAAAGCUAUCUGACUGAUAAGAUGUUUCCGUGGCAACACAACCCUUUGCGGUUUUUGUUUGUUUCUUUUUGUCGUCAUGAUCCACCCCAUUGCGUUAGUCACAUGUUUUUCCAGACUACCAUUUCUGAAAUAUCCCUGAGGAGUACGAUGAACACAGCAUGCAGCAUACGUUCACACAGUAUGCAGAAUAUAGAGUGUCAAAUAGAUUUACAUGAACCAAUGCUCCUCGUUACACUUGAUAUAGAGUCUGUGCUUGUAUCUCAUAAAAACCAUCAAGGCUCAGUGACAUCACAGCUUGUCCUUGCUUUCUAUCUACUCUUCUUCCAGGAAAGCGUUUUAGUGUCGGUAACACUUUUUAUGGAAGGUUCCGUGUUAUUUUAAGAACAUCCUCUGGUCUCAUUUGUGUGUGUGGGUGUGUGUGUGUGUGUGUGUGUGUGUGUGUGUGUGUGUUAGCUGUUUCCUGUAUAUCAGUAUCUCUAUUUGAUGUUUGGGUUGAAAACACUUGUAACCUCUGAUUCGCGAUUGCCGUCAUUACAUCUCUGUAAACAGGUGCUGUUUGUUUUGUAGUCGGCUGGUUUCGGUGAGUAGUGACCGGUGUUUAAAUGGAAAGGCUUGGGGAUCUUUUUCCAUGGUGGUGGUUGGUGGUGGUGUUAUCGUGUUGUUUCUGAGUAUUACACAGAAAGUAGUCAGAGAUAACCAAAAAAGUAUGUAAGUAUACAAACAGAAGUAUAUAGAUAAAAUAUAUAAGAGAAUUUACAGGGUCCUCUCUUCUCAUGCAGAGUUUAAGAAAGAUGUAUGUAAAAGAACUGUUGUGCUUAGAGACUCAAUUCACCUAGAGUUUGAGUUGUGUUCUCGACACUUUUAGCAGCUGCUCUGUGUGUGUGUUUCUGUGUAAGUGUGUAUGUGGUAUCUGUGUGCAUGAUGUGUAUGUAUGUGUGUGUGUGUGUGUGUGUGUGUGUGUGUGUGUGUGUGUGUGUGUGUGUGUGUGUGUGUGUGUGUGCUGGCAGGUAUAAUUGCAGCACUAGUUUCCAGGUCCACCCACACAUCGUGAGGGAUUAGGGCGGUUUCUGCUCGUCCAAACUCGACGGGGUAACAAAAAAAUCUGUGGGAUUAAGUUUUGAGAUUGGAUUGAAUUUUGUUAGGUUUGACCUCAUUCAGAAAAGGUCACUGCCUGUCUGUAAUGCAUGGCUGUGUAGCGGUGAUCAGAGACUAGCUAUAGCACUUUCAUCCUAAAGCACAACAGUUUAGAGCCAUUAAUCAACUGACAGGGUGAAGAAAUUAUGAUGUGUGAAAAUACUCAUAGGUUAAUACGUUUUGUAGGUAUAAUUACAUGGCAUAUUGGUUGUUUCGUUUAACUAAUCUUUAAGAGAAAUGUGGUAAUGAAAUUCUUAAUAAGGCACAAGAAAAUUGCUCUAAGAAAAUGUUGAAUUUGUCGUCUAACAUGGUACAAGAAUGUUUUUGAUUAUAACCAGUGCUUUCCGUCCCUUAUGUGUGUGCUGCCCCGUGUGAAGCGGCCAUUGCCAUUUACAGUGUUAACAUUGUGGUGUGACCUCCGUCCUCUUCCUCAAAGUACUGGGGAAACUAUAAGACUCAUUCAUUGGAUGUCCUGUAAGGAUCAGUAAGUGUUAUUUUAAAAACGACGAGGAAAAAGAAAAUGCAAAAAAAAAAAACUUAAACAAAAUGUAGGUGUAUUAAAACUGUCCUUUUUAAAAAAAAAAUUGUGAGAUUUCCAAUGGAUAGAUGGACCAUGUGUUUAACUGCAUUAUUAAUCUCGGAUCAGAUCGAAGGCCUGGAGCAGGAAGUUUGCAGUACACCAUAUCACCCAGUCCCCCCCCCCUGCUCUAAGCAUACAGAGCAAAAUUGAAUAAAGGAAGUAUAAAUAAAACUCAAUAUAGAUCAUUGCAUAGGCUUGUCAAUGCCUGAAUGGUUCUAAAAAUGAUCUGAGAUCAGUCAACUCAUUGUUGUUUUUCUCCAUGUUGGAUAUGUACACGCUACAACACAGAGUUUGGUAAUAAUACUAUAAUACUGUUCCUCAUAUUUUUUAUAUAUUUUAAUGUUUUUGGUUUUUCUUUGUUUAAAAAAUGGUUUUGAAUCACAAAACCUUUUUUCUCCCCUUGGUCAUUGAUUUAAGACCAAGUGUAUGUGCGUGCAUGUCAGUAUUCAGAGACAUGUCAGUCAAUAUCAUUUCCUUCUCGCAUUUUCUAUGUGCGGUCUACUGCCACCCACCUCUGGUGUGUCAUGGUCUCAUUCUUGCUGCAUUUGUGAUGAAUGUUGAGGACUUGCCCCUCAGUUUUGAUCCUCUUGUUGGAAAUAGACCAGACCCACAUGAUUCAUUCAUGUUCAACAGACUGGCAGUGGGGGAGAGUAGUCAGCCAAACUCCAGUACGGUCUCUUGGCAUAAAGAGUCUUAGCCAAGCUCCAGUACUGUAUCCUGGCAUAAAGAGUCUUAGCCAAGCUCCAGUACUGUCUCCUGGCAGAAAGAAAACCUGAGCUUGUCUUUUGGUUGACAUUGUGAGAGCAAAACUCUAGUUAGUACUUAAAAUCACAGUGGCAAUUCAACUUAAUCUUAAUUGUACCGUAUCAGAUGGCGCAAAUUGAACACAGCUGCUCUCAUCAAAUAAUAUAUAGUAUAUAGCACCAGACAUGGACGAUCUGUCACCUGAAAAGAGCACAAUGGCCAUUUGGCCAAAAUAGCAUUUGAAAGAAAUGGGUAGAGGUGAAGCACAAUAGUUACUGUUGAUGAGCGCUGGUGGGAGGGGUUUGAAAGUCUGGACAAUUUCCAACAAAACCUUUCAUGUGUCUGGUAACCAGGUCUUAUUAAUUUCACUCUUUACCCUUUGUGAUUCAGUGAAAAUAUAUAUAAAAUAUAUGGGCGAAUAACAAACUUGUAUGAGUUUUGACUUACGUGGCAGCAUUUAUAAAUAAUGUAUAUAAAUGUAAACCCUUUAUAUUCGAUAUGCACAUCUAGUUUGUACAUUGUAAAUAGAAGGAGCAGGUUUAGCCAGAUAUUAAAAAGAAACAAAUGUAAUAAUUUUUAAAGUGCUUUUUAAAAAGCCUUCAAUUUAUGUCUUUAUUUUCUGUUAUCUCCAAGCAUUGAGUACAUUGCUGGCAGUUAUUGUACUGUAAACAAUGUUGAAAUAAAAAAGACGGAAAUCAUGA